AUGCUGGUGUACGGCAUGCAAUGUGACACGACUUGUGACAUGCUGGUGUACGGCAUGCAAUGUGACACGACUUGUGACAUGCUGGUGUACGGCAAGCAAUGUGACACGACUUGUGACAUGCUGGGGUACGGCAUGCAAUGUGACACGACUUGUGACAUGCUGGUGUACGGCAUGCAAUGUGACACGACUUGUGACAUGCUGGUGUACGGCAUGCAAUGUGACACGACUUGUGACAUGCUGGUGUACGGCAUGCAAUGUGACACAACUUGUGACAUGCUGGUGUACGGCAUGCAAAGACACGACUUGUGA